UGUAUUGUUGAUAAUAAACAUCAGUUAAAAUAUGAAUAUACAAUUCCAGACAUGAAAGAUAACAAAUGUUUAAAAUUAUAUGGAAAUUGUCAAGAUCCUAUUCGAAACUUUAAUAAAAAUUUUACUAUUUCUGAUAAUAAACUUGUUUCGGUGCCAAUUUUUAAUAAUGAAAAAGGAGCCGAAAGUAAAAUUG